CUGAAAAAGUAACUGCUGACACCUUUCUGUUUUAGCCAGCAUUAGCCUUUUCAGCAGUUUGUGCUACAGUAGCUUUUCUGUGGGAUUGGACCAUAUGGCCUAGCCUUCAUGCCACAUGCGAAUCAAUGAGCCUUUGACACCCAUGACCCUGUCACCGGUUGUCCUUCCUUGGACCACUUUUAGUAGGUACUAACCACUGCAUACCAGAACACCCCACAAGAUGCGCCAUUUUGGAGAUGCUCAGACCCAGUCAUCUCACCAUCACAAUUUGGCCCUUGUCAAACUCACUCAGAUCCUUACUGUAACGGCCAAAGUAGAAUUCAUAUAGAUGUGAAUUACAAUUUAUGUUACAUGGUAUAUAUAAUUUCAUUUGAGUGUGUAAUUUCAUAUAAGUAGUUUAUUAAGAUGAUGAAUAAUAUGUGGCAAGGUUAAAAGAAUCAGAAUUCAUAUGUUAAGAAUUAGAACUGCCUCACGCUUCUUAAGAAUUCAUAUGUGAGGAAUUAGAACAAGAAUUAGAACUGUCUCACACUUCUCAAGAAUUAGAAUUAGAAGUCAUUCAGCUAUAUAAGAACUGUCUCGCGCUUCUCAGGGUAGAUCUCGAGAAGCCGUGGAAGCGAACAGUUUUUCUUACCUGACACUCUGACUCUCUGACUCUCUGAUAUUGACUCACCGACUCUCUGUAUCUUAGAACCUUUGUAAUAGUUAAACGAGGAUUAAAGUUCAACUUUCAAGACGUUUCAAGUGGAUUUAUUGCAAGGCACAGAGACACUGAGAGUGGAAACAGUUACUUUGGGACAGAGACUUCGUCAGCAUAAGCUAUAGCACUUUUCUCAAGGUCUCACUACGAACGAGCCUCUACAUUAGUAAGAAAAACUCGCUUGACAUCGGAUUACAAAACGCUGGAGAGGUUCGCUGAAACUGGAAAGAAGAUUCAUCGAGGGAUUUACAGAGGGACUUCUGAACUUUCGCGAUCGCGCGCUACACUCGUGGCUGGUGAUUGACAAGUGGACAUGGCUGCAACGUGACUGUCGCAAGUGGAAUCGGAACGAAAAACCGGACCGACGUUCAAAGCAACCAUGACGGAUGAAGAAGAAAAGACGGUAAGCCUUCCAAGGGAAAAACGUCAGCGUAAACCAACACAACGGUCAUUGGAAAAUAGUCUGCAGACAAGAAUUGACUCCAGAAGAGCAAAGCUAAAGAAACUGACUGAGAAAAAAAAUGAAUUGCGUGAGUUAAUGUAUGAUGAUGCAAACGUGGAAAAUAUAACAAAGGAAUUGUUAACCGAGUAUGAAGAGCUGAUAGAAGAAUUCAGUAAGAUAAAUGCUGAUGUCAAAGACCUGUACAGUCAACUUGGAUACAUAGAGAAUAUGAAUACAGAUCAAAGUGAUUGGUUUCAGCCAAGAUAUGAUAAGCAAUGCAAUUUUGUGCAAGAGGUUAGAUCAUGGAUACAGGAUGCAACGCAUCACAUAGAAGAGUCUGAAAGAGUGAACAAUGAGGUAAAUCCUGAAGAUAGCAUUUCAGUUACAUCCAGAAAGAGUAAAAAGACCAAGUCUGUCUCUUCUGCUUCUGUAGCAUCAUCGGUUCGCUCGGAGCGCUUAAAAGUUGAAAUGGAGAAAGCUGCUUUGUUAACCAAGACAGCCACAUUGAAACAGAAAAGGGCUUUGGAAGAGCAGGAGCUACGGCUCAAAGCUGAAAAGGAAAAACAGAAAAGGGCUUUGGAAGAGCAGGAGCUAUGGCUCAAAGCUAAAAAAGAAGAGUUGGAGUUACAAGCAGAGCUCGCUGCAUCAGAUGCAAGAUUAGCAGUGUUAAGAAAAUAUGAAGGCUCAGAUGUGUCAAGCGGCUCUAAAGGCAGUAGAGUGGAUUCACUGACGGCUACACGGAGACAACAUGUCAGCUGCAAUAGGAACAGUGGGGCUAGUAAUGUAUCUCAGCAUAGCCAUAGUAGUGGAAUAGCUGCCGAUGCAACGCCUGUUGUGCGACAAGAGCCUGUUACUUCAAAGGGCAAUUCUGCAAACACAGAUAACCUGGCUUCUGUCAUGCAACGCCAAAAUGAGAUAACUGAGAGUCUAAUAAAGCAACAAAAGCUAUCUACAUUGCCAUCGCCGAAUAUUCCAGUUUUUAAAGGAGAUCCAAUGGAAUACCAUCUAUUCAUGAGAGCUUUCGAGCAUUGCAUAGAAAACAAGACUGAAAACAGCAAAGACCGGCUUUAUUAUUUGGAACAGCACACAUGUGGUCAGCCUAAUGACUUAGUGCGCAGCUGUCUUCAUAUGGACCCUGAACGGGGCUACCCUCAAGCCAAGAAAUUAUUAAAGGAGCGCUUUGGUGACAAAUAUAAGAUCUCGAUGGCAUACCUGGAUAAGGCUUUAAAUUGGCCUACUAUCAAGUCGGACGACGCUAAGGCACUUGAAGCAUAUGCUCUGUUUCUGAUCAACUGUAACAAUGCAAUGUCGGAUCUAGAGUACUUGGAUGAGAUGGAGAAUGCUGCGAACAUGCGCACAGUCAUCUCCAAGCUCCCAUACAGGCUGAGGGAGAAAUUCAGGAGUGUCGCCAUUGACAUUCAGAAGAAAGAUCGGCGAACAAAGUUCCAAGACGUGGUGUCAUUUGUAACCAAACAGGCUGAAAUGGCAGCACACCCUGUGUUUGGUGAAAUCUCAGGUCAAACAAAGCGCCAACCUGAAAAACCAGCUGGCAAGAAAACCAUCAUAACGCUAGCCACUGAAGCUAAAGAGCAGAGGGUAGUGAAAGAUGUCGCUGGUGCCGAGAACAAGAAAGCUAAAGAGAAGAAACCAAACAUGAACAUGGCUUUCGUGAAACCUUGCAUCUUCUGUCAGGGAGAGCAUACCAUGGAACAGUGCAAGAAACUUCAAAAAAAGCUGCACAAAGAAAAAUUGGAAUUCCUUAAGAGUAAAGGACUCUGCUACAGCUGUCUUAUAGGAGGACACAUGAGCAGUGCCUGUGAAGAAAAGAAGAGCUGUGAGAUGUGUUCAGCUAAACACCCUACACUGUUACACAUGAAGCAGAAACCUAAAGACAUAACAAAAGAAGACACUUCAAGGGAGGAACCAAAAAAGGAGUCUUUACAGGAAGAACAAACUGUGGUCAGUGGAUUCGUGGAUGCAGGGGAAACUUGCUCUCAGAUGGGGGCUGGGGGUGUAGGAACCGUCCUCGCCAUUGUUCCGGUGAGAGUGAAGGCAAAGAAAGGCAACAAGGUGCUGACCUGUUAUGCGUUUCUGGAUCCAGGGAGCAACGCCUCCUUUUGCACUAACAAGCUAGCCAACAGCCUUAACCUGCAAGGAAAAAAUGUGAACAUCCUACUUACUACUAUGGGAGACCAAAAGACCGUCUCGUGCAAGGUGUUGCCAGACCUAGAAGUCAGCAGUCUGGAGGGGGAUGACUUUGUCGGGCUCACUGGUGUGUUUACACAAAGGGCCAUACCUGCUAGUCAGGAGAAUAUCCCAACCCAAGAGGACGUGGAUAGGUGGCCACACUUACGAGGUGUACGAAUUCCAUUGAUCAAGGCGGAUAUCGAUCUUCUUAUUGGGACUGAUGUCGCAAAGGCUUUAGAGCCAAAAGAGGUCAUCUGCAGCGUGAAAGAUGGACCGUAUGCAGUACGUACAGUCUUGGGAUGGACAGUGAACGGGCCGCUGCGUGAGAACAUCAGAAGCUGGUCAAAGGACGGAUACCCACAGAUCCAAAUUAAUCGGAUAUCGGUGGCUCGACUUGAAGAAUUGUGGACCCAGCAAUUCAAAUAUGAUUUUCCCGAGAAUGCUCAAGGAGAGCAGCUUGAGAUGUCAAAGGAAGAUCAACUGUUUAUGGACAGAGUCACCACAUCCACAAAACUGGUUGACGGUCACUACUCUAUCGGAUUGCCAUUGAAGAACAAAGAUGUGAAAAUGCCUAACAAUAGAGCAAUGACAGAGCAACGAGCGCUCAACAUGAAAAAGAAGCUUCAGAGAAACCAGACGUUCCGAGAGGAAUACGUCAGCUUCAUGAACCAGGUCAUAACCAAGGGAUACGCCGUCAAGGUCCCAGACGAAGAGCUUAACAGGAGUGAUGGAAAGGUGUGGUUUAUUCCACAUCAUGCUGUCUACCACCCCAAGAAGCAUAAACUUCGAGUGGUAUUCGACUGCGGUGCUUCAUAUCAGGGAACCACACUUAACGAGCAACUACUGCAAGGGCCUGACAUGACAAGCAGUCUGGUUGGAGUCUUAACACGAUUUCGUCAGGAGCCAAUCACAGUUAUGGCAGAUGUGGAGGCCAUGUUCCACCAGGUCAAGGUCCCAUCUGAAGACGCAGACCUUCUCAGGUUUUUAUGGUGGCCUGACGGGGAUAUCUCAAAGGAGCUGCAGGAGUACAGAAUGGAGGUACACUUGUUCGGAGCCACCUCUUCACCCAGCUGUGCGAACUAUGCGCUGAGAAGAUGUGCCGAGGACAACAGGAGUACUUUUGAUGCAGCAGCUGUGGAGACAGUGUUGAACAAUUUUUACGUCGACGAUUGUCUAAAAUCAGUUAACUCAGAACAGGAAGCGAUCAAGCUACUCCACGACUUGAUGGCCAUUUGUCAAACAGGAGGCUUUAGACUGACAAAAUGGACGACCAACAGUCGAAACGUGUUGUUAACCAUUCCGCUUGAGGACCGAGCAACAGGAGUCAAAGAUCUUGAUCUCGACCAGGACUCAUUCACCAUCAAGAAAGCCUUGGGAGUACAAUGGUGCAUCCGGUCAGAUCAUUUCAAGUUUCAGGUGAACAUCGAGCAAAAGCCUUUUACCAGGAGAGGAAUCCUGUCUACAAUGAGCUCUGUCUAUGAUCCACUAGGAAUGUUGUCACCAGUCAUACUACCUGCUAGAAACAUCUUGCAAGAAUUGUGUAGACUAAGAACAGCCUGGGAUGACACUGUGCCAGAACACCUCGCACAACAAUGGACCAAGUGGACUGAAGAACUCCAACAGCUCACUGACUUUGGAGUAACUCGAUGCUUUAAGCCACCUGAAUUUGGCAAAACUUCAUCGACGAAUCAGCCCCCAGAGGAUCAUGGCUAAUGGGAAGAAUCGUGAAGACUGUGGAGGACGAACAUGGAGUCGUCCGCAAGGUUCGAGUCAAGACGAAGAUGAAUGAACUUAAGCGGCCGAUCACCAAACUCUGCCUGCUUCAAGAAGCAGAAUGAAAAGGACUAACCUUUGUAAUAGUUAAACGAGGAUUAAAGUUCAACUUUCAAGACGUUUCAAGUGGAUUUAUUGCAAGGCACAGAGACACUGAGAGUGGAAACAGUUACUUUGGGACAGAGACUUCGUCAGCGUAAGCUAUAGCACUUUUCUCAAGGUCUCACUACGAACGAGCCUCUACACUUACACUUGCCCAUUUUUCCUGCUUCCAACACAUCAACUUCUUCAGGAACUGACUGUUCUCUUGCUGCUGAAUACAUCUCACCUCUUGACAGGUGCCAUUGAAACAACAAAUAUACAGGGUUAGUCAAAAUUAUGUUAAGACUUAAAUGGUAGAAACCAAUCGGAUCUGUCAUGGAAGUUCAUCAAUGGCGUACUGCUGCACCAUCUGUAAGUAGAUGUCUGACAUCACUGUUGGGUGUCAAAAAAGUAGGGUCCAAUUAGACCAGCAUCACACAUUCAGGAGAAAAAUAAUCCAUUGGUCUUAACAUAAUUUUGACAUGUAUAACACGAUCAUAGUAAGAGAAAGGGUGAAAGAGUUGCUCUUUAGAUAAUGCUCCACACU